AUGGUCUACGUUAACGAGUCUAUUGCACAUUCGCAAUCGAGGUUUGCGUUACGAGAGAACGCAACCUUCUCCGGAGGUCUUGUACACAAAUACAUUACCGGAACAAUGUAUGCGAUUUAUAUGCUUAGUCGCAUCUGUUUUGGCCUUGAUGCUCUGUCUUCGGUUGCUCCGGAAAUGACCGUCGAGUCACCAGGCCUACGCGAGUCUGAUGAAGGAUCCUCUGCCCAACAGCCGCUGCAUACACACAAGGAUCGCUUGACAAUUCCUACGAUGAUCGCUUUCUGUAUAGCUUUGAUGCUAUAUGCUGUUACUGUCAUUGUUACGGGUGAGGCUUUACGAAGCGCGGACAGCUCUCAACCUCACUAUGAUGGACGUCUGGACAUUACCAAUUCGAUUCUCAUCACCAGCUCAGAAGCAGCAUCGGAGAGUCUAGCGUUUUGGAUGAAGAUUCUGCUUAUAGUCCUUAGUGUUAUGACAGAGGGAUUUGUUCUCCACGCUGCAUCAAGGAAACUGUAUUGGAUGGCAGUGCAAUGCUCGGGACGAACCGAUGGCACCAGUCAUUCUAACAACGGAAGCAUCAGGCUUGGCUACCUUUGGUCAUUGCUUUCUUCAAAGAGUAAAUCUUAUGAGCCCUUGCCGUCGGUCAUGUCUUUGAUGCUGUUGCCAAUCACGCUUAUAUUGGUUGUACGCUUUUAUCCGAGCGCUUUAGUCGACAUUCUUCUGUUCGUACAGGACUUCUUAUGUUCUGGUACGUUGAUACUGUGUAUGGUGCAAGCUAUCGUCAACGUGGGCUUCGCCAAGUCUAUACGCAAGCACCCUAAAGUUUAUGUUCGCGCCGGCAUGCUAGAGUCUACUUUACCAAACCACGAAAACGACCAGUACACGCUACCUUGCGCUCAUAUCGCGCUUAUUUCCUAUUUUCUCAUUCUCAUUGGUGGUCAAUAUGCAAGGUACUGUGACCACCCCACCACACUGCAGAUCCUCAGCAGUGCGGUUAUGGCGAUCACGUUCGCAUGCGCUUACAUCAGUACCCGGAAGUUCCAUCAUGUUACAGCUGAUCAAAAAGCUGGGAUGCAUAGUUCGGACAGUGAAAUUACGGAGCGACUAGUUACCAAGAUGUGCGGUGCGCGCACUGGCAGAUAUGCCGAGUUCUAA